UGUGUUUGGUUGACCAAAAUAAAAUACCCCAAUCAGGCUCUCACAGAGACAAGUAGGAGGAAGGGAUUGAAGUAGUGUGACAGAAGAGAAAGAGAAGAGUGCCGGAUCCCUCCACGUUAUAAACCAGAACCGUUGAGUGGCCUACCUACCCACUUUUGAGCCCAUCCAGAGUGGACAACAGUGGGUCGUGAUGUGGAUGUUCACUUCCCCGAGAAAGGCACGGGUGGCGUCUGCGUUGUCCCUAGGAACAGGAGAUGAGACAACCCGAUGUUGCGAGCCCGUCGUCGAUAACCACAAGGUGACCUUUGAGCAGGAAGAACUGGAGAUCUGUCUCUGCUAUGCCUUCGGAAAGUCAGAUGCUCGAAAUCUCUGCUCAUUUUCCGGGCCGGUGAUUCGGGAUCAGAAGCUUAAUGCUCCCCCUACGUCAUAUUCACAUCGGUCCGGCAAGACGUCAAUGUGGGCGCAUUCCGCCCACCCAAACCAGCACGAAAGCGCUGAAUCUCGCGGCCCUAAACCUGUUAUCCCAUCACGCAGGAGGCAAACCCAACAGUAAAUCAGCCCCUUCUACUCGGAAGUGAGCCCAUCUACCAGGCACCCCACCUGCACCCGUAGG